GUCUUGACUAAAACUCGAUUCUUAAGGGUUUGGGGACGAGGGAGUGUCUGUGUACCUCAAGGGGUAAUCGCUUAGUUGUGAAAUUACUUCGAAGAAACUCCCCUAGCUCAGCUUCUAGGUCACUUUCUCUUCUGGCUAGGCCAAGUUUAAGUUUUAAUUCUGGACUUUGUGUAAAUCUGUGUGAGCGCAGUUCUGAACGCUGACUCUUGAAAGUUGGACAGCAUGUCAGGCGACCUCAGGCCCAGGCUGUGUGUUUUGGAAAAGGGCAGCGAUGGCUACGGUUUCCAUCUUCAUGGGGAGAAGGGGAAGACGGGCCAGUUUAUCCGGCUGGUGGAGCCGGGUUCUCCGGCUGAGAGCUCGGGUAUCCGGCCCGGAGACAGAGUGGCGUUCGUGAACGAGGAGAGCGUGGAGGGAGAGAGCCACCAACAGGUCGUCUCCCGUAUCCGAGCUGUUACUGGCAAGCUGGAGCUCAUCGUGGUGGACGACGAGACGCAGGAGCUGCUGGCGAAACUCAACCUCAAGUGCCAAAAGGAGUUCGUCACUGAUGGUAUCCCUACAGCGGACGGUGAGCCGGAGCCCCGCGCAGAGCUGGAGAACGGCACGUCGAGACAGGAGAGCCCCGCGCCGGAUACGAACGGAGACUCCGCCGCCCACAGGCUGAGUGUCAGCUCCAAGGACUCGAAGAAAGAGCUUCGUCCCCGUCUCUGCCACAUGAAGAAGGGGGCCACAGGCUACGGCUUCAACCUCCACAGUGAGAAGACCAAACCGGGCCAGUAUAUCAGGGCAGUGGACGAGGACUCCCCUGCUGAGAAAUCUGGACUUCAACCCCAAGAUAAAGUGGUGCAGGUCAAUGGCGUGUCUGUGCAGGGCAUGCAGCACUCUGAGGUGGUGGCUGCCAUCAAAGCAGGAGGAGAUGAGCUCCAGCUGCUGGUGGUUGACCCUGAUGCAGAGGCAUUCUUCAGCAGCUGCGGGGUUCUCCCCACUGAGGAACACCUCACAGGCCCACUGCCUGAACCUGCUGCCAGUAGAGAGAGUGCAGAUGAAAAGGUGGGGGAGGAGGAAGCUCAGGAAGCCAAACCCAAAAUAUCAGCGAGUCCUUCUACGUCCAGCACUUCCUCCACCGCAUCCAUCCCUGCUGCUAUGGUCAGCAGUCCACCUCCUGAGGACAAGCCAGAGGAGAAGCGUUUGAGUGGAGAUGUAAGUUUGGAUCUGGAUCUGAACAUGUCCCUGCAGCAGGCUAAGGAGCGCGCUCACCAGAAACGCUCCAACAAAAGAGCGCCCCCUAUGGACUGGAGCAAGAGAAGCGAGCUGUUCAGCAACCUGUAAAGCAGACACAUCAAUCCCUCUCUGUUUUUCCUGAUCACUCAUCAUUGUUCUUUUUAUUUCAUUUAUUUAUAAACUUCACAAACUUCUGUCAAGCUCAUGAGCCCAAUUCCUGAGAUUCUGUAAUCAGUCAUUAAAGCAAACAGGCUAUAGGAAAAAAAGGGAGAAACAAAACCUGCAUUUAUGAGAGAGGAACUCUUUCACUGUACUUUCACUAUAAUGAAAUGAUUGUUGGAGCUUUUUGUCCCCUCCCCCCUUCAUCAUUCCAUCUUUUUCCUCAUUUGUUGUUGUUUAUCUCAUCCUACCCUUUCACACCACUCAGAUGAACAUUUCAAGCCAGUGUUAUUAUGCCACUUAUGAUUUUAUAUCAAAUGUGUUGGUGUGAUUUGCAUGUGUUUAUUCCAGUUUUACAUUUAUUGAUCACCUUAAUAGAAAUUAGCUUAUCUGAUUUGAUGUUGCUAUAUUAUGUACAGUGUAGAGUUUAAUAAUUAAGUGGGGGAUACAUUUUUCCUGAACAUCUGUAUUCACUUGUUCAGAGACAAGUACUUAUCCUUAUGAGAUACUGAUAAUAUAAUAACUCGGUCAGUAAUGCAGUAAAAUGUACUGUGACACCACUGACAGUACACUUUACCGACAUCUAUCCUGUCUACAUUUGAAGACAGACUUUGAUAGAGUUCAGAGAACUCUUUCACAGAACUUUCAGACCAGUUGUAACUCUUUAGAGAGCCAGUACUUCAUUACAAAGUCUGAUGGAAAACAUACAUAACAAUAGAUAUCCUUAAUGAAAAUAUACAGAAAGGCUAUUUUUCAGAUCUGUAAAGCUGAGCCACUUUUUCAGAUUUAUUUUGUUGCUAUAAAGUACAGGACAAUAUCCCUGACUAACAAGAACGAUGCUGGCGCUCUGUCUGUAAAAUAUUCCAAAAAAGUAUUUGUAGAGGUCCUUUUUAAAUAACGUUUUUGAUGAGAUGUGUAAAUUAGUCUGAAAAUCAGAUACACUGUUAUACAGUCACCCAAAGUUUAUUUAAUGUCAAAUAUUUUCUCCUAAUUAAUUAGCUUUGAUUUUUACUUUUAAGCACAAUGCUAUUGUCAAUAUUCCAUGUUUUGUAAUGUUUGUAAUUUGUGCUGGGCUAAAAAUCAUUUUAGGCUGUUGACAGCAAUUUUUUAAAUGAACAUUCCUGAACAAACGUCCACUUCGUCAUCACUGUAUACAGUUGUUUAGCUAUGUGACAAUUCUGUUGUGUUAUCACUGAUGAAUAUAUGAAGAUAAAUAAAAAUAGAUUUUCAUGUA